UUUGUCCUGUAGAAAGCCAUUAGACCUGUGUGGGCUGCCAGAGCAAUCCAUAAAUCUGCAGUGGAAGUCUUGAAGCAGCCAGCGCCCGAGGACACAGUCACAGCCAGUUUUGGGAAGUUUAUCAGUGAAAUUAAGCCCCAGCAUCUAUCCCCUGUAGUGCUCCACCGCAGUAAAAGAAUGGUGCUGGACAGCAUUGGAGUUGGGCUGAUCGGAAGCACAACAGAUGUGUUUGAACUGGCCCUCCAGCACUGCCAGAACAUGUACGCUCCUGGUGACACCAGCUCUGUGUACGGACGCAGGGGCAUCAGACUCUCCCCGAUACUGGCAGCUUUUGUCAAUGGAGUGGCGACUCACUCCAUGGACUUUGAUGAUACGUGGCACCCUGCCACUCACCCCUCCGGAGCUGUCCUUCCUGCUGUGUUAGCUCUCAGUGACAUGAUGCCAGCUAACAAUAAGCCCAGUGGCCUGGACUUCUUACUGGCUUUCAAUGUUGGCAUUGAGAUUCAAGGCCGACUACUGAGGUUCUCUAAUGAGGCCCACAAUAUCCCCAAGAGGUUCCACCCUCCUAGUGUGGUAGGCACUAUGGGAAGUGCUGCUGCAUGUGCACGCCUCUUGUCUCUGGACCCCACCCAGAGCAGUCAUGCAUUGGCUAUAGCUGCUUCUCUAGCAGGAGCCCCAAUGGCUAAUGCUGCCACUCAGUCCAAACCCCUCCACAUUGGCAAUGCCUCCCGUUUGGGGCUAGAAGCAGCUCUGCUGGCCUCCAGAGGCUUAGAGGCAAGUCCUUUGGUCCUAGAUGCUGUUGCAGGGGUAGCCGGCUUCAGUGCUUUUUAUGAGGAUUAUGUGCCACAGCCUUUACAAUCACCCAGUAAGGACAGCCAUAUGUUCCUGCUGGAGGAACAGGACAUUGGCUUCAAACGCUUCCCUGCUCAUCUGGGGAUGCACUGGGUGGCAGAUGCUGCAGCCUCAGUCCAUAAGGUUCUCGUUGGAGUUGGCCCUGGCACCAUCUCCCCAGCUCAAGUGGAGGACAUCCUGCUCAGAGUCCCCAAAUCGAAGUACAUAAACAGACCUUUCCCAGAGUCUGAGCACGAGGCACGCCACUCCUUCCAGUUCAAUGCUUGCACUGCUCUCCUGGAUGGAGAAGUGACUGUGCAGUCCUUCACCCCCGCUGCCAUGAGCCGCCCUGACCUGCACGCUCUGCUGAGCCGUGUUCGCCUGGAGCAUCCCGAUGACAACCCCGCUAAUUUCAACCGCAUGUACGGUGAAGUCCAGCUAACCCUGGUUGGGGGCGACACUGUGAAGGGACGCUGCGACACCUUCUACGGUCACUGGCGCAAUCCACUGUCCAACGACAGCCUGAGAAAGAAGUUCAGGAGCAACGCAGAGGUGGUGCUUCCCUCAGAGAAGGUCGAGCGGCUGAUUGAAGUGGUGGAGGACCUGGACCAGCUCAGGGACUGCGGGAACCUUCUCUCACAACUGCAAUAG